AUGAUGCUUUCUAAGACUAGAUUCUUUUUCACAAAGAAUUCGUCAGUAUUGCAAACUUUGUCUCAGACAAAGGUUAGCAGAUUAUCGAUUGCUAAUAAACCUCCAACGAAAUUUUCACAAAUUUUCAACACGUUGAAAUUUCGAAGACAGUAUAGUACUGUACAACUGAAAUUAAAUGUGGAUAACGCUUCUUCCAAUAUAUCUGCACAAUUGAAGAAUGCUCAGGGGUUCAAGCGUAGUUCUGAAACAAUAAUUUCUAGCAAAUCAAUCGGGUAUUGGUUGAUUGGAACUUCGGGGUUGAUCUUCGGUAUUGUUGUAGUAGGAGGAUUGACAAGAUUGACAGAAUCAGGUUUAUCGAUCACCGAAUGGAAGCCUGUUACUGGGACACUUCCACCUUUGAGUCAGCAGGAUUGGGAAGAGGAGUUUGCAAAAUAUCAGAAUUCACCGGAAUUUAAACAGCUUAAUUCUCAUAUCACUUUAGAAGAAUUCAAGUUUAUCUUCAGCAUGGAAUGGGGACACAGAUUGAUCGGAAGAGCUAUUGGGAUGUUAUUCAUAUUGCCAGCGGUAUACUUCUGGAGCUCCAAAAAGUUUGCCAACCAUGUAAAGUGGAAGGUUGUUGGUUUAACUGGUUUAUUAGGCUUACAAGGUGCUAUCGGUUGGUGGAUGGUGCAGUCCGGGUUAGAUGAAAAGCAAUUGUUAGAAAGAAGGUCAAAACCAACUGUCUCGCAAUACAGAUUAACGACGCAUCUUGGUGCUGCGUUUUUGAUGUAUUUGGGUGUCUUGUGGACAGGUUUUGAGAUUUUGAACGAGAAUAAAUGGCUUCAACAGGCUAAGAAGGUACCUGAAUCAGUUGAUUCUCUUUUCAAAAAAUUAAAUAAUCCAGCAUUAAAGAGGAUUAGAAAUAUUGGAACUGGAUUACUUUGCUUAACUUUUUUGACUGCUAUGUCUGGUGGUAUGGUCGCAGGUUUAGACGCUGGUCUUAUUUAUAACACGUUCCCACACAUGGGAGAUAACUACUUACCAUCGUCCAAUGAGUUGAUGUCGCCGGUUUUUUCCCGUAAAGAGGACCAAUCUGAUUUAUGGUGGAGAAAUUUGUUAGAAAAUCCAACUACAGUUCAACUUGUCCAUCGUACCCUUGCAACGACCACUUUCUUCUCGAUAUUAGGGGCUCAUUUAUAUGCUUCAAGGAAUAAGAAGAUAAUCCCAAAAACCGCACAAAGAAUGUUGCACACAGUUAUGGGAUUUGCGACUCUUCAGGUUGCUUUAGGUAUUUCCACCCUUAUUUAUUUGGUUCCGAUUCCAUUAGCAGCUGCUCACCAAGCUGGUGCAUUGGCAUUAUUGACCACAUGCUUAGCUUUCUCGGCCCAAUUAAAAAGACCUAGACCACAAACUGCUUCUUAUAUUAAUAAAAUAAUGAAGGAGCAUUUAUUAAAAAAAUGA